AUUAAUCAUGGAAAACACGCUGAAUAUUUCUCUUAUUCAUUAAAUUAUUUUUAAGAAUAAUCGGAUCAAUAACACCAGUUCACUAAUAAAAAGUGAUAGUGAUUAUCAUUUACAAAAUGAAUAUUUUUGAUAAGCCCUGCUACAAAAUCGCCAAGGAUUUCGUGACUUUGAUUGGUCGGUGGCCGUACAUGCCUCGAAUGCGAAGACUGAUAAUGAUUACCAUAUUAUGGAUUGUCUUUCUCUUGGAAGCUAUUCCACAAAUUAUUGCCAUGGUCAUACACUCUAAUGACCGGAAAAUAUUGUUAGAAGCUCUGUCGGCAUUUGCAGUACAUUGUCUAUUUUUUAAUUUUUUGCAGAUGAGAUUUGCAGAACUUCUUGAAGAGUGUUAUGCUAUGAGCUUCGGCGUGCUAGUUGGCUUGAACUUACCAAUGAUAAGCCUCACUGGUUUUCAGAUCAUUACGCAAUCUAAUACAGUCCAGCAAAUUUUGAAAGGCUUGACAUUUAUUGCUGGUCAAAUGCUCCAUCUUUUUUUUGACUGCUACAUGUCGCAAAAGCUCAAUGAUUCAAGCUCACAAAUUGCCCAAAGCAUAGCUAAUGUAAAUUGGUACAAACAAUCGAUUAGGUCACAAAAAUUGCUAGUUGUAAUGACUGUGAGGAGUCAGGUGCCCUGCAAAUUGACUGCCGGUAAAGUUAUGGACCUGUCAAUUGAAAACUUUGCAAAGAUGCUGAAGACAGCUGGGUCGUAUUUUACAAUGUUAUUAUCGAUGCAGUAG